AUGAGUACAGAAGUGCUUUCUGUAUCCCCUCAUAACUCGCCGUGGCACUCAUGGCGAGAAAUAAAGAGGCCGAAAAUUUGCGGAAACUUAGCACAUGAUGUUUGGGAGCCUGCUACCCCGGUGAAAACCCAGUGCCCACCUUUUUUUGGCCCCUUUGAUGGGUCCACGGUCGAGAUCACAAGGCGCAAGGACACCCUCCAUGAUUGGGAGAUCCGACUGGUUGAUCGACUAGAUCGCAAACUAGGAUGGAUGUAUAAUGAGACAACGCCUGGACAAAAGCCUUAUCAUUUUGCUCUGCUUGCCAAUCAUUGGCUAAAUAGAGAAACCUGGCUGGUGAUUGAUCCAGUCUCGCGAGUUCCGAUCCAUCAUCGCCGCCAGUGGGGGGAUCCACGAUUCAACGUACCUUACCCAGAACCUGGCCAUAACUCUAGACCCAAGUAUCCGGCUGCGAUUCGGAAGAGAGCACAAAUCCCCCGAAUUGAUGCAUGGCGUGCGGCAGUCAACAACCAAAGACGUGCAUCAGGGAUCCGAGACGUUCUUCGAACAGUGGAGCUCUAUGAAGAUUCAGCGGAGGAACCACCUGAUGGGAAGAUUGAUCCAGCAUGCUGGAUCUUGCCCAAGCCACCCCAAGGAUUUUCAAUGUCAACUUCUCAGAGAAAUGCAUGGUAUGAAGGAGGCGCUGGAUGGCAAGAGACACUUGACAAUUGGCAGCAAGUCCGCCGAGGAUAUCGCCUUCGCAAGAUUAUCCAUGAAGGCCGCGCGAAUCGGAAUCGAGUGAAGGAAAUUGCGACGCAAAUCAAUCGAGGGAGUCGCAUCACGUCCCUCAAGCUGCUUCCCAGGGAACGUGAGCAGACGGUGCAUUCCAGUCAAGCUGUGCCCCAAUGA